AGUGUAACGUUACAUCCUGAAUCCCGGGACGUUGAACACUACUUCCGGUUCAGUGCGCUGACCUUGAUUGACUGAUCGUCAUGGCGGCUGUUUUCAGGUUGAGUUCUGUCUGCCACAGAGGAGUAAAACCCCUCUUCUACCGCAGCACCCUGCUGGGCAGGCCCCUGGCCCUCCCACUCAAGGACCAAGAGAGCCCUUACCUUCUGUCGGCAAGGAUUCAUGCAUCGCAGAACCUUGAUGCUGCUUCGGGCUCCACCGCAGCCUCUCUUCACUGGACCGGCGAGCGGGUGGUGAGCCUCUGGCUGCUGGCCCUGCUGCCCGCCGGCUACUUCCUCCCUGGAGCCGUGGUGGACUACUCCCUGGCUGCUGCCCUCACCCUGCACGGACACUGGGGCAUUGGCCAGGUGCUGACAGACUACGUCCACGGGGACACCAAGAUCAAGAUGGCCAACGCGGGGCUCUUCCUCCUGUCCACUGUCACCUUCGCUGGCCUCUGCUACUUCAACUACAACGACGUGGGCAUCUGCAAGGCCGUGGCCCUGCUCUGGAGCAAGUGAUCCCAAAGCAGGACUGAGGACUGUUGGUGGGUGGCCCAGGACAGGGCCUGGUUCUGAGGAGCUCCCUGGAUGUGGUGGGGCUGAUUGGAAAACAUUCAAGGAAGGGUUUCUAUUUAAAUAGUUUAUAAAUAUAUCAUUUCUGACCAUCACCCUACAGCGAUUCAGCAGUGUGUGUGUAAUUAAUGGUCUCUGCAUUCAGGUGAUUUCUUGUCUUCGUUGCUUUGCUCCUGCAUAGGUAGGCACUGAAUUGAAAGUUGUUAAGAAAUGACGUUUCCUCCACAAUGCAUUAGACAACCUUCUUGAUGCGGCACUUUUGGGAUUAAAGAGACAGCGUGGUAAAAGUGAGCAUUAAGCAUGAGAUGAACCUCUCAUCCGCACAAAGGUGACCUAAAGACUGGGUGACCAUACGCCACUCAAGUGCUUCAUAGUCUGCUCUGCUUGACAUUGUUUCUCUGUCCUGACGUAUGCUAAUGCUGCUCUGACAGUAAUUCUAGAAACUUUUCUGCCAUGAUGUGGACUUCACACUCCCUUAUAAUUAAUGUCGCAAAUAAAAUAAAUAAUAUUGUACUUUUCUUUGACUGUUGAAGAUUCAUAGCCCUUAAUGUGUGUACAACAUUUUUGGAACAAAUGUAAUUGCUCAUAACUCUGUAAAUGCUAUGAUGUUGGAACAGUUUAAGUCAUGCAAGCUGAGCUUGUAAGAUUUGGCUAAUUAGGCUGCAUGGAGGUAAACUGUCAUGUUUACUUGGGUCUGUCCUUUCAGACCUACGCACCAUUGAGACUUGCCCUGUACCACCUUGUUCACGUCUCACCUGAUUAAAGUUCCAUCUAGAA